UCCACAUUUUGGGAACUUUCUGCUUCGCUUAGGAUCCAGCAGCGAGUCCUCUGAACCCACGUGGUCACUGAAGAUCCACACACUUUGUUGAUACCAGCAACCAUGAAAGCCAUCAGCCCAGUGAGAUCCAUGGCCAGCUGUUACCAGGCUGUCUGCUGCUUGUCUGAGCAGAGUCUGGCCAUUGCAAGAGGCAGUAGCCACAAAGGUCCAGGAAUGGACGAACCUGUAGGUCUUCUGUAUGACAUGAACGACUGCUACUCCAAACUACGAGAGCUGGUGCCGGGGAUCCCCCAGGGGAGCAAACUAAGCCAAGUAGAGAUCCUUCAGCAUGUCAUCGACUACAUUUUCGAUCUGCAAAUAGUCCUGGGUGAAGAACCAGAACAUAGCGUGGGCAACAGCAUCCUGAGCCUACAGAAAUCUGACUUCUCAGAACUAGCAAACAAAGGGGACGCCAGCGUCUGCCACUGAAAAAAGCUGUCAAAUCUAAUUCACAGGUGCGUGGAAACGUUGGAGAAGAGAGAAAAAAAAAAAAGCUACUUUUCCAUGAUGCAGACUCGAUCAACACGCAAGAUAUUUUAACCCUACAAGAUCCAGAAAACAACAACAAAAAGACUAAUUUCAAAAUACAAGGAGAUUUAAUUUUACCCCUCACAUUUGUUCACUUGAGGGGAGGUUUCCAUAUAUUCAUAUAUGUUCAUAUCUAUUACAUAUGUGUAAUCCUGUUUUUUCACGUUCUAUAAUGUUUGAAAGAUUUUGAUUUCAUUCUUUUCAUUAUUUCCCUUUCAAUAACUUUUAGACCCCACGAUUCUACAUGAAUGGCAGAAUUACUAUUUUGACAUUCCUCCUUAACAUUGUGGACCAAAACUAAAACAUUGUUAACUAUUUCAUGCCUAUUACUAGAUGUCUGCAGUUAGGUUGAACACGCUCUGAAUUAACCCUCGGAGCCCCAGUGGGCUGAGACUGCAUCAAAGAGCAUUUCCCUCUGGCUCUUUUAUUUUUUUGAAAAAAAAUGUUCUAGCUGUAUGUAUAUAUAUCUAUUUUUGUACACAAAUGUUUUAAAGAGGGUCAUGUUCUAUAUUUUUAUGGGCAUAAAGAGCCUAGUGUCUGUGGUACUAUCCUCAGAGUAAUCCCUUCUCUCUAAAAUAGAGAAAAUUAGUAUUGGAACUACACAGUUUCUGCAUUUUUCAUAAGUUUGAGACUUUUUAUAAAAGUUUAAUAUGAUGUUUAUGUGUAAAUAAUAAAAACCUAUUUUUAAAUAA